GUCGUGGGCUGUCUGCCUGUCUGUGGGUCAGUCACUGACACGCAGGCCGGCGGCCAUCGGAGGCGGGGGCGGGGGCGGGUGGUGGAGACCGAUUCCGGCGAACCGCAGGCGGCGAAGAGGGGGAAGCAGCGACCUGUUCCAGCGAGCAGGCGCUGGGCGGAGUCGGAAGCGGCGAUGUCAAAGCGGCUGGUGUCGCGGUUGCUGGGGAUGUUCCAGUCGCGGACGCAGGUCGGCGUAGACAAGGCCGGCAACCGCUACUUCACCCGCGUCGAGGAGGUCGACGGCGCAAUGAAGGAGAGGCGGUGGGUGGAGUUCAAGGGCGCCGACCAGGACUCGACCACCGUUCCAGUCGAGUGGAUUUGCUGGUUGAAUGGCCAAAGGAAGAAAGCUCCAACACCAGAGGAAUUGGCUGAGCUGGAGGCAAGGCGUGAACGUGUCAGGCAAAACAUUGAACUUCUCAAAAAGAAAGAAGAAGAGGAAAGAAAGGCUGGUGUCCGACCAGUCAAGAAAAUUGGGAAAUCUGAAUCUCCAAAUCUCCAAAGUUUUGUGAAGCAGCAGUUCCCAGGGCCUGAGGAGGUACCUAGGCCUAAGGAUGCAACUGAUACAGAGGAUUCUACUGCAGAUACUGACAGGUCUUCCGAACCAACAGGAAUUGGUGCCACUUUUAAGCCAGGGACUUGGCAGCCCCCAACCUGAAUAUCAGCAGAUGGUGGUGCUAUACCUGAGCAUUUUUUUCUUUCACCUAUUUAUGUAACACUUUAACCUUUGCUCUGGAACUGGAAGAAACAGUCACUUGAAUUUCUUCUUCAGCUGCUCAAGCAUCCGUGGGAGUCGUUGGUUAUCAGGACGCCAUGUUGCCCCUGUAUUUUUGCCGAUUUCUCCUCUGUAAUUUGGUGGGCCGUUGUAGCAACUACAAUGAACUUUAAGCAAAGUUUGAAUCAUGGCUCUGUUAUGCUUCCUUCUA